UUAAAAAAAAUACAAGAAUUUUUUUUUUUUAAAAAUCAAUGAAUCAUGGCAUAAUAGCCGGAGAAAUAUAAACAAAACCGGAAAACCCACACCUCCACCUCAUCAAUCUUCAAUCAUCCUGUUGGCAAACCAGAAAAUUCGUUCUACCCAAUCUUCCCGCAUUUUCAUUUUUCUUUUUCAUUUCUUCUUUCUCGGAAAAUCAUAAGAAAAAUCCCAGAAAAUUCUAUUGGCCUGCAUCUACCAUCGUCUCUCUAGUACGGUGGUUUUUGCAGGCUGUCAGCUUAUUUUAUUUCCAUUCUUUCUUAUUCCUUUUUUUUUUUUUUUUUUCAUUUUCGAAUCAUCCAGUUUACUAUUCAGAUUUCUGGGAAGGUUUUGAGUUAUAUGCAAGAUUGAUGCAACAUAAUAUAUUCACUGCAAUGCGUAGCUUGAAGUUCAUUGAAGGGUGCAAAGGCACACAGGUUUAUGCCCUUAAUCCAAAUGGCCAGACCGCGGGGGGCGGCGGAGGAGCCGGUUGCGGUGGUGUCGGGGAAAAGUUUCUGCAGCAUCUUCAAGACCUAAGAGUCAAUUCGGCUCGACCAAAAACGAAUCGUUCUCAAACAUCUCCCAGUCACAUGAUAACUAAUAUUUCAGUCGAAAAUCUACUACCCUCUGGUCUCCCGGACGUCGAUCUCCUCGAGCCGCAGAUCGACCCUUGCCUUAGGUAUGUUGAUUUUGUCCAAACUCUAGCGGAUUUGUAUCGUAAAAUUGCGGAUUGUUCCCAAUUCGAGAAAUCCGAUGUGUACCUAGAGCAAUGCGCGAUAUUCAGGGGUUUAUCGGAUCCGAAAAUGUUCCGACGUAGCCUCCGUGCGGCCAGACAGCACGCCGUUGACGUGCACUCUAAAAUCGUGCUGGCCUCUUGGUUAAGAUUCGAGAGGAGAGAAGACGAACUUGUGGGUACAUCGGCAAUGGAUUGUUACGGAAGAAAUCUUGAAUGCCCUAAGGCUUGUAUGGUUUCGGGUUACGAUCCUGAAUCGGUCAAUGAUCCUUGUAUGUGUUCGAGGUCUCCUAGAGGGGAAUACGAUGACGAUAUUUCAAUUGAAGACAAUGAAUGUUCAACCUCCGAUGAGGAUGGUGAUAUGUCGUUUUGCAUUGGUGAUGAUGAGAUUAGGUGUGUGCGUUACAAUAUUGCUUCUCUUUCGAGACCGUUUAGAGCAUUGCUCUAUGGUGGUUUUUCGGAGUCAAAGAGAGAGAAGAUAAAUUUCUCUAAGAAUGGGAUAUCAACAGAAGGAAUGAGAGCAGUGGAGAUUUUUAGCAGGACGAAAAGAUUAGGUUCUUUCGAUCUGCCUAUCAUAUUAGAGCUUCUUUCUUUGGCAAACAGGUUUUGUUGCGAGGAAAUGAAGUCAGCUUGUGAUGCUCAUUUGGCAUCUUUGGUUACUGAUAUGGAGGAUGCACUGGUUUUAAUUGAGUAUGGUUUGGAGGAGACUGCAUAUCUUUUAGUAGCUGCUUGUUUACAGGUGUUUUUGAGAGAGCUUCCAAAUUCAAUGUACAAUUCUCAUGUGAUGAAAUUGUUUUGUAGUUCAGAGGGUAGGGAGAAGUUGGCUCUGGUUGGGCAUGCUUCAUUUCUGUUGUAUUACUUCUUAAGCCAGACUGCUUUGGAGGAAGACAUGGAAUGCAAUACAACAGUGAUGCUUUUGGAGAGGUUGGGAGAGUGUGCAAAAGAUGGUUGGCAGAAGCAACUUGCUUAUCACCAACUAGGUGUUGUGAUGCUUGAAAGGAAAGAAUAUAAAGAUGCCCUCAACUGGUUUGAAGCAGCAUAUGAGGCAGGUCAUAUUUAUUCUACAAUUGGUAUUGCUAGGGCCAAAUACAAACGAGGCCACAAGUAUUCAGCGUACAAGAUACUGAGUUCUCUGGUUUCUGAUCAUAAACCAGUUGGGUGGAUGUAUCAGGAAAGGUCUUUGUAUUGUGUUGGGAAGGAGAAGAUGAUGGAUUUGAACACAGCAACUGAAUUGGAUCCAACUCUUUCCUUUCCAUACAAGUACAGGGCUGUUUUGUUGGUGCAGGAGAACAGAAUGGGAGCAGCAAUCUCGGAACUAAACAAAAUAAUUGGUUUCAAAGUCUCUCCUGAUUGCCUUGAAUUACGAGCUUGGAUUUCAAUUGCUUUGGAGGAUUAUGAAGAUGCUCUCAGAGACAUCCGAGCACUCUUGACUUUGGAUCCAAAUUACAUGAUGUUUUAUGGGAAAAUGCAUGGGGAUCGCUUGGUAGAACUUCUUCAUCCUCUUGUGCAGCAGUGGAAUCAGGCUGAUUGCUGGAUGCAACUUUAUGAUAGAUGGUCCUCUGUUGAUGAUAUAGGCUCCUUAGCUGUUGUACACCAUAUGCUGGCAAAUGACCCAGGGAAGAGCCUUCUACGGUUUCGGCAAUCUCUUCUGCUUUUACGGUUAAAUUGUCAAAAGGCUGCCAUGCGUAGUCUGCGGUUGGCUAGAAAUUGUUCUACUUCUGAUCAUGAAAGGCUUGUUUAUGAAGGAUGGAUUUUGUAUGACACUGGCCAUCGAGAAGAAGCCCUUGCCAAGGCGGAGGAGUCCAUUUCAAUUCAGAGAUCAUUUGAAGCUUUUUUCCUUAAGGCAUAUGCUUUAGCAGAUUCAAGUCUUGAUCCUGAGUCAUCAAUUUAUGUUAUUGAACUUCUGGAAGAAGCUCUUAGGUGCCCUUCAGACGGCCUCAGGAAAGGACAAGCACUGAAUAAUCUAGGGAGCGUGUAUGUUGAUUGUGAUAAACUGGAUCUUGCUGCUGACUGUUACAUGAACGCACUCAACAUCAAGCAUACAAGAGCACAUCAAGGUCUGGCACGUGUAUAUCAUCUAAAAAAUCAACGCAAAGCUGCAUAUGAUGAGAUGACAAAACUGAUAGAAAAAGCCAGGAAUAAUGCAUCUGCUUAUGAGAAGCGGUCAGAGUACUGUGAUCGUGACAUGGCAAAGAGUGAUCUUAGUAUGGCAACCCUGCUUGAUCCCUUGAGGACAUACCCAUACAGAUACAGGGCAGCAGUUUUAAUGGAUGACCACAAAGAAGCUGAGGCCAUAGCAGAGCUGUCAAAGGCCAUAGUUUUCAAGCCAGAUUUGCAGCUGCUACAUCUUCGUGCUGCAUUUUAUGACUCAAUGGGUGAUAAUAUCUCCACCAUUCGAGAUUGUGAAGCUGCCCUUUGUCUUGAUUCAGGCCAUCUCGAUACAACGGAACUCUACAAUAAAGCAUUGAAGCGGGUUGAUGAACAGCAAAAAUGAGAAUUAGAAACCCAUACUUGUGUUAUAUCUUCAUUAUAUGGGCAACACCAAAGUUGCCAAAUCUUUCUUUUUCUUUUUUUGGGUACAAGAAGGGCCAGUAUUUGUCUGGGGAUAGUAUCUUAAUCUCUCUAGUAACGUUGAGAUGCAGACGUGCUGGGGCAUUCUAUAGGAAAGGGAAGAGGAAUUUGGAUUUAAAAAAGGAGAAGGAAAAGUAGAGUGAGAUAGCAUGUAAAUAUAUCUAUUCUAUAUAAUGUUGUGGGAUCAAUGUAUGAUGUUAAGUGCAGGAGAAUACUUCUGCUGCUACUAACCAACAUUUCCAUUUAAAGAUUGUAAUAGUACCACAAUCACAAGAAACAUGUCCAUCAAAUGGCAGCUUGUGAUGAAGUCUGUCGCUUUUAGAGAUUCACAGAUUCUUUUUCCUUCAUUUUUCUUUAUUUAUUUUCAAGUUGUUGACAAUGUAUUUUGACUUCUCUGUACUGUUCUUUUAUUUACUUAUGAGCAACACAAUUUUCCUA